AUGUUUUAUAGAACAAGAAGAAUAUUUUUUAGUACUGCAAAAAAUAGUAACCUGUAUUUAUCGAUUUCUUCCUCAAGUGAAUCUAUAUUUAGAAAUCAAGUAAUAAAAAGAGCUUCCUUUCCAGGUAUUGAAGGAUAUUUUACUGUAACUAAUAAUCAUAGUCCCCUUGUUACUUUAUUAAGAAAUGGAAUAAUAACAGUCGAAUUUGAUGAUAAGGAAAAGAAGCAAUUUUUUAUUUCAGAUGGAAUAUUUAUAUAUAAAAAGAGUAAUGACAAUAAUAGUAGCAAUAAUGCUGAAAUUGUUGGUGUGGAAAUAGUUCCAUUAGAAUAUUUAGACAAAAAUAAAACAAUUAAAGUUUUACAAGAAAUGUGUGCAAUAAAUGAUGCUACAGAUGAUAAAUGGAGAAAAAUAAAAACACUAUUAGGGAAAGAAUUAUGUUCUUCUAUACUUCGUGUUGCUACAUAA